ACACCGGGAGUCUCUUUAACCAGAACCAGUGUCCUUCUGCAAGGAUAACGGUGCAGGUGUAUCAGUGGGAGUGAUGAUGGCAAACGUGGGAAACUCCUCUGACAUUCCCAAAAAGGAUACUUCCAGCUUCCAGUCUGAUACUGAUCCAGCAUGAAGCAGUUGCACUCCGUUCUUGCUUUAGAAUUUCUCUUUAUGCUCAUGGUUCACCAGUCCUUGCUCGAGAAGAGACUCUGUGUUUACCAAGUGACGGACAGCAAAUACUCCUCUGCUGGUAAUGUGAGUGGCUCCGAGCAGCUCUGUGAUAAAACUGACUGCUGUUUGGCCAUUUUUCAAAUAAUAAAUGGCCAGCCGAAGGUUGACACUCUUGCAUGUGGCAUAGCAAACAUGGUUUGCCCUGAUGCAACCUGCAGGGCGAAACCACACUUCAUAGAUCCCUACAUUCAAUGUACAUGCAGAACAGACCUGUGCAACGGAAAAAUCACAUGGAGUCCAGAAACAGAACAGCCUCCAGUAACCCAGCAUUACACUGCAGCUAAAUUCAUAACAGUGCUGGUGGUGAUACUGUUCUUUACUGUCCUCGUGAUUAUUGCUACCAAAUGGAAAAACCUUGGCAAGAAAAAAGAGGAUCCUCUGCAACCUUCCUGUCAUGACUAUAAUGUUCAACCACUGUGUUCCUGUCAAAUAAAAGCCUCAGAAAACCAGAUACCUGACAUUGUACUACAGGAGGUUUUGGGACAGGGGCACUUUGCAUCUGUUUAUCAAGCGAAGCAGAGGGGAUCAGUGGUGGCUGUUAAAGUGUACCCUGCAAACUGGAAACAUCUGUUCAUCAAGGAAAAGGAGGUUUAUGAGCUUCCACUGAUGAAGCAUGAGGGGAUCGUCAAGUUCUUAGGCACUGGAAGGAAACCAGACAAUGGCAGCCUUCUUAUUGUGCUUCAAUAUGCUGAAUAUGGUUCUCUUCACUCUUUUCUGUGUAAACACACCAGCAGCUGGAUGCUGUCCAUGAAGCUCUGCCAAACCUUAUCGGAGGGACUUUCCUAUCUUCACUCUGACCACCACAGCAAUGGCAUGCACAAACCUCCCGUUGCCCACAGAGACCUCAGCAGCUCCAAUGUACUGGUGAGAGCUGACUGGACCUGCGUCCUGAGUGACUUUGGAUCCGCCACUAUACUGCGUUCUUGUUCAGGACAUCGCUUUUGGCAGGAUCACACCACAAACAUGCAGCGUCACCCUCAGUUUUGCACACUCAACUACAUGUCCCCAGAGAUCUUGGAGGGUUCUGUUAAUCUCAGCAGCAGCUCAUAUCUGCUGCAGGGGGACAUUUAUGCCUUGGGUCUGAUUUUGUGGGAGAUAUGGAUGCGCUGCUCUGAUUUAUUUCCAGGGGGCGCUGUUCCACAGCAUCUUCUGCCUUAUGAGUUGGAGCUGGAGGCCAAUGUUACAUUUGAGAGGCUCAUCCUCUAUGUGUCUGAGAUGGACAGGAGACCAUCCAUACCUGAAAAUUGGAAAGCACUCCCGCAGGGAGCUGGAGUGAAGGAGCUGCUGACAGACUGCUGGGACAGCGACACAGAUGCUCGUCUGACGGCUGCAUGUGUUGUAGACAGAUUAAUCUCCCUGUAACUUUCUUCACAUACAGUAAUGUUUGCUGGUUUUCUUCUCAACUGACAUACACAUAAAAAAUAGUAAUGCUUUUUUUGUUGAUUAUUGGAAUUUUUUAUGUUUAGCCUUUCAAUUAGAGACUGUUUUAUGUGAGCUUUGUUGUUGCUGUUGUUGUUUUGCUCUUUGGAUUUAAGGCACAUAGACUCUGAGAAAGUGUUUUUAUAGUGUAUAAGUGUAUAAAAGUAAAAUGGCUUAAGAGAAAUUAUAGCAAAAUGCUCCAAAGGAAAAGAUACUUAUGUACCCAUGUCCACAGAAUGUAAAAUAAUAUAACUGCUGAGACAUUAAUUACUAGACUUGAACAUGCCACAGUGUGGUGUGGUUCCGUCAACAAAUUGUACAGCUGUCUUGGGAAUUGAUGCAAACAAUUUCUUCUACUGUAUGUAAUGCUUGUCAUUUUUGUUUUGCUUUUUUUUUUUUUUUUAAUGUUUCAUUAAGCUAGUUUAACUUUUAAUCACAACCGUUUUAAUUUAGUCAGCCACAAGUUUACUUUGCUACUACUUUUGGUUUGUGGUCCCUAAAACCAUUUUUAUUAACAUAUGUUUAUAUAUCCUAGUUACACAUUAAAACCUAAACAAUUAUAAGUUUCAGCUGCUUUUAAUAUACACAUU